AUGCAGGCGAAAAAUGAACCGUCCAGUGGGGUGGUUCCGGUGGCCAGUUACAUGAUGGAGUUCAGAGCCUACAAAGACGACGCCUGGUAUACGGUCUGUGUUUUGUUCGCCGGUGAUACUCUCACUGUCAAGUACUUCAACUUCUCCGACGAAAACGACGAGGCUUUUCGUCCCUCCCAGUUUCGGGACUGGAAGGAGCUUGAGGACUUCAAGCACCGCUUCAGACCCCUCUCCAAACAGCUUCAGGACGAUGACUGUCAUUCACUCUCUCCCGGCACUAGGGUCUGCGCUUGUCACUCCUUCGGAAGCGACGAUGUUCGCUUCUACGACGCUGUUGUCGAUGGGGUGCAAGAAAGUAAGCAUUCUUGGAAAACAGGAGAGGAAGAAUGUCUGUGCACCUUUGUACUUUUUUGGUUGCAUGGGCCAAAUGCAAGAAACUUGACUACUACAUCAAUUGAGAGCAUUUGUGUAGUUCAGCUUGGAUGGGAGCUAGAUUCUGCUGUGGCUUCAUUUUUGGAGAUGGCGAGGGAGAAAGUAGAAUUGUUUUCUUCUUCUUCAGUUUUAGUGCCAACAGGAGUUUCUAGUUCGGAAAUGGAAGCACAAUGUGCUAAGCAGUCUAUAGUCAAUGUUUGUUCACCUGAAGCCCUUGCUAGAUUCAUCAACUAUGGGCGAGAUAAAGGACCCAUAGAGCUCAUGCUACGCACUCUGCCGCAGUCUGCGGCCCGCAGACAUCUUCAGUAG